AUGCCGGAGCCCGUCUGGCUGCCGCUGGGCCGGUUCAAGCCCGACGAGAGCAGCGUCACGUUGGUCGCAUGUGCCCAGUUGCCUUGCAGCUGGAUGGCUGUGCACAGAUUGAGUUACGAAUUUCACUGGGCGUUUGCCUUGUUGGCGCUCGUCGACUCACCGGUGAAGAAGGGCGGGGUGGAGAACCAGGCGGAGUUGUGCAGGAUGUCCGUGGCGCCCAUCUCGCGCACCGCCUUCAAGGUGGGGUCCUCGAACAUGAUGUCGAAGCAGAUGAAGGUGGCGAAGCGCACGCCGAAAUCCGAGUCGAAUACGGGGCGUUGGCCUUCGCGGCCGCUGUUGAAGCCGGGCUCCACGUACAGAAGCCGCGGCGGCGUACUCACGUCGGAGACGGUGGGCGCGGCGGGCGCGGGGGCGUCGCAGGGCACGGGGCGCGGGCGCGACGCGGGGUCCGGCACGCGCGACAGCAGCGGGCGCAGCAGCGGCCGCUCGCCAGGCACCUCCAUGCCCGUCAGCCCCACCUCCGGGAACACCACCACGUCUGCGCCCUGCGCCGCGCCAGCAAAUUACACGCAUUAA